AAAAUCUCUCAAAAUGCAAGUUAGGGGGAGGGGUAGUUUGUUGAUGCAGUCGGUGCUUAUCCUUUUGCUUGUGCUGCAAACAUGUGCAACCAAGAAGGGUCCCCCAAAUAUCGUGUUCAUACUCACAGAUGAUCAAGACACUGUCAUUGGAGGAGAGACACCAAUUACAAAGACCAAGAGGUUAAUUGGAGAUGAAGGGAUAAUUUUCAGGAAUAUGUUUGCCACCAGCCCAUUGUGUUGCCCGAGUCGAUCCAGUAUUCUCACUGGGAACUAUGUCCACAACCAUGGUGCUGUCAACAAUAGCGUGGACGGGAACUGCAGUAGCCCCACCUGGCAGAAUCAAUCAGAGACGAGGGCCUUUAUCACGUAUCUCAAAAAACAAAAAUACACCACUUUUUUUGCUGGGAAAUAUCUAAAUCAGUAUGGCAAGCCUGAGACAGGGGGCCCAGAACAUAUACCACCUGGCUGGGACUGGUGGAAUGGUUUGGUUGGUAACUCCAAAUAUUACAAUUAUCACCUGUCUGUGAAUGGAACAGUAGAGAACCAUAGGGACAACUACCAGAAUGACUACUUUACUGACAUCAUUAACAAAAGAGCAGAGGAAUUCCUUCAACUGCAGUCACCUGAUUCAGGACCCUUCUUCAUGAUGCUGUCCACCCCAGCCUGCCACGCCCCCUUUACCCCAGCCCCCCAGUACAAUAACAGUUUUAAUGACACCAAGGCACCAAGGAAUGGAAGCUUUAAUGUUUAUGGGAAGGAUAAGCACUGGUUGAUAAGGCAGGCCAAGUCACCUCUCUCUGAUGAUGCCAUUGCUACCAUAGAUAAUGUUUUUAGGAACAGAUGGCGCACCUUGCUGUCAGUGGACGAUAUGGUUGAGAAUGUGAUCAAUUUGUUAACUCAGCGAAAACUGCUGGACAAUACCUACGUGUUUUAUUCCUCUGACAAUGGCUAUCAUCUCGGUCAAUUUUCUUUGCCACAAGACAAACGGCAGCUGUACGAGUUUGAUGUGCGAGUACCCCUGAUGGUCAGAGGGCCAGGCAUCAAGGCUGGUCAGCUCAGAGAGGAAAUCAUUCUAAACAUCGACUUGGCGCCAACAUUUAUAGCCUUGUCUGCCCAGACUGCCCCAUCACAAAUGGAUGGCAUGUCUUUCCACAACCUUCUAGCGCAGAAUGCCACAAUCCCAGCCUCCAGUUGGCGAGAGAGUUUUGUGAUUGAACACCAGGGGGAGUACAAGCAGAUCAACCCAGGAUGCCCCCAAUACAAUAACAUGGACCUGGCUAACUGCGACCCCAACUGUGUGUGCGAGGAUGCCAAGAACAACACGUAUGGCUGCGUAAGGACGCUCUCAGCAGACACCAACUACAUGUACUGUGUGUUUGAGGACACUGAGAAUUUUGCAGAAUUUUAUGACCUGAAUAAAGACCCCGACCAGCUCUCCAAUGCCAUCCAAACUGUGAGUAAGUCAGUACUUAUGGACCAGGGAAAGAAGUUAAUGGAGCUGUCUGUCUGUCAGGGACCCUCUUGUCGCAAGAUAGGACCACCCCAUGUACUUGUAAAUUGAGGUCAUGGUGCCCUGGCUUGGUUUUUAAUUUUAUACACGUUUCAAUGUGUCUUUGCAUUAUAGCAAAUCACAGAGCUCAAAGCUGGAGAACAUCUACUAAGUAAAUUGAGUCACUAUUCAAAACCAUACAUGCUUUAUAUUAUAUUAUAUUAUAUUGAUUCGCUAUUGGUAUAAAAUCCAUUUCCAUGAAUGGUUCUUGAUGUGGUAUUGAUGCUGUUUUAUGCCAAAUAAUCCAAAGUGCCAUCACCUGCCAUCAUUAUGUGGACAUAUACAUGUAUGUCGCACAGGUCAUACAUACUAGUACAUGCACAGUGUAUAUGCAUAUAUGUCUGGACAAAAUUAUACAGACAAUUCUUGUAUCCAGAUUGAGCAAGACAUGCAGAUUGUUUAUGCAUUUGGGCUGUCAGAGAAAGUAGCCUUUAUCCAUUAUUCUCUACGGAUCAUGAAGUUCAACAUAUUUAAGUGACUGAAAUUGUUCCAUUUUGAAAUUUGUAUGUUUACAAAAAAAUAAUGUUAUGGGCUUUGAAAAACUUUUUUAUGAAGCUGUGCUAAAAAAGUUUGGAUGUUUUAUAAUUUCAGUAUUAUUAUUGUUGAAAAUAUUCAUUUCAAAUAUUCUCCUUAAUAUUAUCAAUUAUUCUGGAGAAUAUAUUAUGUAACCAACAGCAGAAAUUCAUUUUAUGCCUGGUAUACUUUUAAAGGAUACAGAUACAUUUGUACAUUAUUGUGUCGAAUUAGAAUACAAGAACUAAGAGGAUUUAAUCAGCAUUCCAUUUGUUGUCAAGUAAUGUUUAUUUUUUAGCAAGUUUACUUUUGCUCAAGCUACAACGUUUAUCAAAGGUUACAUUUGCAUCGUGGUAAUAAAGAUGAAGUCUUGUAUGUUGAAGAAAUAAAAGGUCUGUUUUUCAUAAGAAGUUCAUCCACAAGAUUUUUGACCAGAUUGGCACUCAUCACUCUUCCUAGUUGAAAUACAGUCUGAUCUAGACCUGUGACUGGUCAAUGCCUGUGAUAAUAGAAGCUUGGUAGUUUUUUAGAAGGCACUUUUUUAACAGACCAUAGUAUUAAUAGGGAAAUGGUGUCGUGUAAAUAUUGUGGCAUGAGAAGAAGUGUAAUUCUCUUGUCAUCCUUUAAAUGGGAGACAAAAACCUUAUUGAUGAUUGCAGAUCCAAAUGUAUAAUUUAAAGAAAAGAACAUGAAAAGAGAUUUUGGUUACAUAUUUUUGUUCGAAGACAUUUGAAAUCUAUGAAAAAAAAAGACAUUGAUAAUAAACGUAAUUUGUUUUUUCUUA